CUCACAGCCACAAACCCCACGACCGAGAAGAGCAAUCACCCACCAGCCCACGCCGCCGCCGCCGCCGCCGCAACCCACCUCCCUCCCCGCACUCGUGGCAGACGGACCAACGGACACGCAGGCCGACCGCCGCGCCCCGUCCUCCACGAGCCUCACCUGGGAUGCUGCUGCGACUAACGAGCGCCCACCCCGCGCCGUCCACCGCCCGGUGGAGGCCGCCGGGGCGGGCGCGGCCGGCGACGCGGCUCCGCCGCGGGCACGCUGCCGCUUUCUCGGCCGACGGCGCCGGCACUCCGAGCUCUCCGCUCCAGUACGACCCUUUGGCCGACCUCCUCGGCCUGGACAACAGCCCCUCACGCUCACAGAAUACAGCUCCGGUUGCAGAGAAGGGUAAACUGAGGUCCUGGGUCGGUCCAAAUGGGCAAUACUAUCGCGAGCUGCCCUGCCCUAGCUGUAGGUGUAGAGGUUACACUCCAUGCAACGAAUGCGGAAUAGAUAGAUCAAGUUUGGACUGCCCUAUGUGUAAUGGCAAGGGCAUUAGGGUGUGUGUGCAAUGCGGUGGAGAAUGUGUGAUAUGGCAAGAAUCUAUUGAUGAACAGCCCUGGGAGAAAGUUCGGUCAAGUUCUCCCUUGAAAGUAAAGGAAGAUGAUGAAGUCGACAGGUUAGAGAUAAAGAUCAACACUCCGAAAAGAUCGAAACGUACUUAUCCAUCACCAUCACCAGAAGUUGCCAUGAAGAUUAGCCGAUCUUUAAGAAGUCUGAAUGCUAAAACAGGAUUGUUUACUAAGCGCAUGAAGAUUAUACACCAAGACCCCAAACUGCAUGCUGAAAGAGUUGCUGCAAUCAAGAGAACAAAAGGAAUGACUGCUGCAAGAAUGCAUGCUUCUGAAACUCAAAAGGCAUUCUUCAGAAAUCCUGAGAAUCGUCUCAAAAGAAGCAUUGCCAUGAAAGGGGUGAAAUUUUACUGCAGCAAAUGUGGACAAGAAGGACAUAGAAGCUUCUAUUGUCCAACAGCGAGGAAAGUUUCAGGCAGAGUGCAGUUCAGAUGCCGGUUAUGUGGGGGCAAGGGGCAUAAUAGCCGAACAUGUGGAAGGCCAAAGUCAGAAAAGGAGCAACGGAAGCCUCGGCACUGCAGCCAAUGCGGUGAAAAGGGACACAACAGGCGUAAUUGCCCCAGAUCCACUGACGUGGAGUUUGGUGCUUCAGGUUAUGUGGUUAGCAAAGUUAAUGAUCCUAACUCAGGUAUUUAUUCAUGUAGUUUCUGCUCAGAAAAGGGACAUAAUAGACAAACAUGCCCAAAAAGAAAGGCUACUUUAGGAAAAUGAAAACUGUGAGCAGUUAAAAUUAUACAUUAAUUUUUACUGUAGUCAUGUGGAAUACCUGCUACAUAUUUUCUGCUUAAUACGUCCCGUGAAUAUAGUUGCCAUAUUCUAUUUUUUUAAUCAAAAGAUGGGUUUUAUCUCCAUAA